AUGUCCAAUACAAAUAUCAUCUUUCUUUUGGUCUUCAUCGUCGCCAUCAGUGCACAAACUGCGGGUUUCGGUUUUGAUUCCGCCAACUCGUGCAGCACACAAGGAACUAAGCUUUCACGACGUGGCAGAGCACAGAUGUUAGCCACCAUACCCUGCGAUCUGACACGACAAGCCUACUGUCAUCUACCCGGUUCGGCAUAUCCUUGGCAUGCAGUACGGCGUUUUGUGCACGAAAAUCAUGGACUCAUGAAACGCAUGUAUGGCGAUGUGAAACAUAUUUCAGUGUUGCGCGACGAGAUACUCAACAACGAGAUCGAUGUCGAUGAUGUUGAAGUGGCCGCCGAACGUUACUCGAAGGAGCCGCAUAGAGCACGUGCGGCGAAAUACAUGCAAGCGCCGCGGGAGGAAUAUGGCAGUAUUAAAAACAAUGAUGUAGUGAUGGAACCGCAUUUUCGACCGGUCUCCACAACAACAACCACCACAACAGCCGCUCCGGACGACAUAAAAGACGAAACUGGCAGUACAACCAGUGAGGCUACCGUAGUAGAAGCGAAAACGGAAGCUGAAGAGCGACCAGUGAAACCUCCGAACGGCGCACUAAGACGUAGAAUUAACGGCAAUGCAAAUGGUAGUGGACAUAGACGGCGCGUCAAUGUUUAUGUUAACCGUAAUAGACCGACACAUUCGUCGUUACGCCGACGCACGACUACAACAACAACCACAGAAGAACCACAGCCGCUAGUGGAAAAUGUAGAACAACCUGGAGAGUUGGUAUUACACGAAGAAACUAUACUUGAAAUACCCGAAGACGAUGGUAAUCUCGCAUCGAAUAGUGUCUAUGAAAUACCCACACUACAGGACGCGGCAAUACAUAUAGGCGACAACAUACAGAUCAUCGAAUCACCACAACUCGGACAAAUGCAAAAACCCCUGACUGAAGAAAGAAAUAACUCCGAGACAGCCACCAUAUCGACCACACUUAAGGUGGUUUCAACGCCUGCAACCAAAAUGCGACCGGCAGCCGGUGCAAUACCGGCUUCACCGGCGCCGGUAGCGCCCACACCACUACAACAACAACUUAAACCACAAGUGGAACGUCAACGACCUGGCCAACAGCCAUCACAAAAACUCAAACUGCAACAAGUGAAUAAACCGCAAGCAACAAAUGUCGAUACGAGCGGCAUAAAAGAAAGUUCGAUAUUAAAAUCAAAACCGACCAACGAAAGUGAACGUACACAAACCGCCACGGCAAUAGCACCUGUAUACAACAACAGUGCCGCUACACAACCGCAGAAAACAGCGAACGACAAUACAGACGUCACAACGGACGCCGAUAAUGGGGCGACGCUGUCAAGCAUUGGCGCUACGAACGCCGCAACGGACGUCACAACAACCGUGACGGCAACAGCGACGUCUACCGCAACAUUGGCAAACAACGCACAGCUGAAAUAUGAGCUGACUCAAAACAAAAAUCAACAUAUUCACGGUGAGAAUAAAGCCGAACUGCCGGCAGCGACGACAGUCGAGCAAACACCACCAACCACAGUCGCAACGAAGCUCACAUCCACACAAGCCGAACUAUCUUCGGCUGCUAAGACUACAAGCUUAUCAAGUGUUGCAACAACCGGUGUAGAGGCAGCACCGUCAGCACCACACACUGAACUGUUAGCCGGUGAGAAAUUUCAGAGACCACAGCAGGCGCCGCAACGAGCACCGCAAGCUACUCCAGCGCAGACUACACCAAUCAGUGCUACAGCGGCUGCGUCAACGAAACCAGUGCUACGCGAUGGCCAAUUGUAUCAAGAUGCGCUGAAGCAAGAGGUGAAACCGGCUCCCAAUAUGCGCGGCAUUAAUGCCUGCCCAGUAAAGGAGGAGGUGGUCGCGCCCUUUUGGGCCAACAAUACACGCGGUGAAGUGUUGGCUCUGCUAAAUCUCUACCCCUUCGAGCAGUAUGUACAUUGGGAGAAAUGCACGCAUGAAAAUCGACAGAUGUAUUGUCGAGAGGGUUGCCGCUGUGAACAACAAUAUCGGCUACAUCGUUUAUUAGCAUACGAUCCGCACAAUGAAUGUCGCGGUAUUUUCUCCGAUUGGUUUCGUUUUCCUUCAUGCUGCAUCUGUAAAUGCUAUGGCAUACCGUCAGAGUUUCGAGCCACAUCGCGUAGUCCACGUUCCGAACGUAUGGAUGAUUUUGAGACUGUGGCGGAAGAAAGCGAUUUCGACGAUGAUAAUGAUGGCGCGCAAGCAGAAAAUUCCAUGGAUUCCGUGGAAGACCAACACUCGCAACAUCCGAUUGAUGUUGCUGAGCGCUUGGUGAGACAAGCGAUCUACGAACAUGCAACCGAAGAUUGGUAUCGACCGAAGGAUGAAUUCGAUUUUUAUGAAGGUUAG